GGCGGCAGGUAUCGCGAGAGUUGCGUUUUGCGCUUGCGCGAUUAGUGAUAGAGGCCUGCAGGAGGUGUGAGUGAGGAGUUGGUGCUGCCCUCGCCGGCGCUGAGACAGCCGCCACCAUGAGCACCGCGCUGGCUAAAAUCGCUGAGAUAGAGGCCGAGAUGGCCCGGACUCAAAAGAACAAGGCCACGGCUCACCAUUUGGGGCUCCUGAAGGCUCGGCUGGCCAAAUUGCGCCGAGAGCUCAUCACGCCGAAAGGAGGUGGCGGGGGUGGUCCAGGAGAAGGUUUUGACGUUGCGAAGACUGGCGACGCGCGGAUUGGAUUUGUGGGCUUCCCAUCAGUGGGGAAAUCGACUCUGCUGAGCAACCUUGCUGGGGUGUACUCGGAAGUGGCAGCCUACGAAUUCACCACCCUGACCACUGUGCCAGGGGUGAUUCGAUACAAAGGAGCCAAAAUACAGCUUCUUGAUCUUCCAGGAAUUAUUGAAGGGGCAAAAGAUGGGAAGGGCAGAGGUCGCCAGGUCAUUGCAGUUGCUCGGACCUGCAACCUUAUUCUGAUCGUUCUGGAUGUCCUGAAGCCUCUGGGACAUAAGAAGAUCAUUGAGAACGAGUUGGAAGGCUUUGGAAUACGCUUGAAUAGCAAACCUCCCAACAUUGGCUUUAAGAAAAAGGAUAAAGGAGGCAUCAACCUCACUGCUACGUGCCCGCAGAGCGAGCUGGACACUGAAACUGUGAAGAGCAUCUUGGCGGAAUAUAAAAUCCACAAUGCUGAUGUCACACUGCGCAGCGACGUUACUGCUGAUGACCUCAUUGACGUGGUUGAAGGAAACAGAGUUUACAUCCCUUGCAUUUAUGUCCUGAACAAAAUUGACCAGAUCUCUAUUGAGGAGCUAGACAUCAUCUACAAGGUGCCCCACUGUGUCCCCAUCUCUGCUCACCACCGAUGGAACUUUGAUGACCUGCUGGAGAAAAUCUGGGACUACCUGAAACUUGUGCGGAUCUACACCAAACCCAAAGGGCAGCUGCCGGAUUACUCCUCUCCAGUGGUCUUGCCUUACUCUCGGACCACCGUGGAAGAUUUCUGCAUGAAGAUCCACAAAAAUCUGAUUAAAGAGUUUAAAUAUGCACUUGUGUGGGGCUCAUCAGUCAAGCACAACCCACAGAAAGUUGGAAAAGACCACACUAUGGAGGAUGAAGAUGUCAUUCAGAUAGUGAAGAAAUAAAGCUCUUCUGGCCAAUUCUGUGAGGGGACUCCCCUGUGACCUUUUAGAAGGAAAGUUAAAUUGCAAAGCUUUAUGUACUUGCCAAAUGGUGGUUGUUCGUAGAGGACCUCUUAUUGGGAAAAUUUGGUGUUAGACCAAAGGCUGAUUAAAGUGUGUGUUCUCUACAGAUGGUGUCAUUGUUAAUGAGGCCUUGGGAUAGUAUGGCUGAUUUACACACCGAUCAAUACAGAUCAAUGUCUAAUGUGAAGAUUGGCCUUUGUGCAGCCCAGAUAUUUGGUUGCUUACCAUUACCAGGAUGAAAGUAUGUAACCUGUCUACAGAACUCUGCAAUUGCGUAAAUAAAGUACUUGAGUGAAA